AUGACGACCACCCGCAUGCCGCCGCUUGCGUUCCUGUGCUUGGCCUCGGUUUUAUGUCUUCUUUCGUCGCCGUCUCUAGCUUCCGCCGCGAAAAGGCAUUAUGUUGUCUACUUGGGUGGCCACACCCACGGCGGCUCUUCGGCCACUGAAGCUGAUCUUCCUGCCGUCACCAGUUCCCAUCAUGAUAUACUCGCCACUCACCUCGGAGACUUGGAAAGAGCAAGGGAUGCAAUCCGCUACUCAUUCACCAGGCAUAUCAAUGGCUUCACGGCUGUAUUGGACGAAGAAGGAGCAGCUCAAAUCGCCAAGCCUCCUGGCGUGGUGUCGGUGGAGAGGUGA